AUGGCCGGCGACAUGGCGCCCAGCAAUGAUAUCAAACAAACCCUCCUCCGCAAGCGCCUACUCCACGAUAUUGCUGACCUCCAGCACAAUCCUUACCCCGGCAUUGCUCUCCGCGUCGACGACAGCGACGCACUGCAGAAAGCCUGUUUGAUACUUACACCCGCGAAUUGGGAGCCGCUGCACUUGACCAUUGUCUUCGGCGCAAAAUACCCGCUCUCACCCCCCAAGAUCAGCGUACAAUCGUACGUCGUCCAUCCGAAUGUCUUCAACGACUACAUCUGCGCAUCCAUUCUUAACGAUCGCGAAUCCUACACGUCCGCAUACACCCUCAAAGGCAUCUGCAUCCAGAUCCUGAGCUUCUUCAGCAGCGAUACGCUGGAGCAGGAAGAUGGGCUUGGAGCGUUCACUCUGGGGAAGUUCCACGCUUGGGUGGAGGAGGCAAGUGUGGAACAGAAGGAGGCUGCCGGGGUGUUGAGCACGGACAAGCCGGUGUAUGUGUGCAAGAAGUGUGGCUUUGGUGAGCAGAGCGGACGACGUCUGGAUGAGAGACAAAGCGGCACCGGUGGAGCACAGCCCGGGUUCUCUGGAAACGAGGUGCAGGCCGGCAAAGGGUUGGUUGCGCUGCCGCUCGACGUUCUCAUACUUGUGUGCGAAUUCCUGGACGACGAAGAGCUGGUCGUGGCUGCCAGAGCCUGGAAUGGCUUCGCGAGAACCAUGAAACGGAUCAUCCGUAUCCGCGAGCUGCAGUGCUUCACCCUCAAGGAAGGCUUUAAGACCUCUGCCCUGGGCAUUGGAGUCCACAUCGAUGGCAAGAUGCUGCAAUCAGAGUUCGAGCUAAUCUCGCAGCUGGCCUUCUACAGCCUUGGUGUCCGGAGCUCCAUUCACGGCUUGAGGUUCGAACACUGGCUCCCUUUACCAAUCUCCGAGACACACUGGCAGCGAGUGAAGCACAACAUCAACGACCGCCUCACCAAGAUCGGAUUAGAAGCACGUAUCAACGGACCGCCAGUCACCGUCAUUUACGGUUUUAUGAACGACAUUGUCGUACGGCUGUCGUCGAAAGCCAACGAUCUGUUCAACCACGGCCGCGGUUCAAUGCAGCGUGACUACGACUUCAGGACGAAAUCAACGCUCUCAGCGGUCAGCGAGAAGGCGGUGGAGAGCUACUUCCACCUCUUCCACUUACUGUUGUGUCUCACAAUCGACAAGCCCAGCGUCGUCCAGGACGCCAACAACAAGCUCAAAGCCUUCUUGGACGGCCAGACCGACAAGCAGAGUGUACCAAACCUCGGUCACCUGCUGACCAUGGUGCUCAUCGCCAACGUUGACAUCACAGAAGGGCUGACCAAAGCCAUCAUCAAAGAGACCAUUACCCGCAACGUCGUGUGGAUGCUGGACUCACGUGGACAGAACAUGCCCGAACUCAGCUUCCUCGAAACCGACGCCAUCAGUCACUUCCGCCUGCAGAAGACGUUCGAUGCGGGCAAGACAUCCUACCGCAUCCUCAUGAUCGCGCAUCUGAUGAAAACCACAGUCAGCAAAAUGGCAACAGCCUCCGGCCAGAAGAGAAACCUCUCCUCGCUCUGCAAAGAACUCUUCGACCGCCACGGUGAACCACCAACGGGCGCAGCAGCCCAUCUCACAGAUGCCAUCAGGCAAAUCCAGCAAGUCAACUGCUUCCAUGACUUCCUCAAGAAGAUGAGCGUGCCUCCGCCCAGCGCUUCGCUGUUCACCGCUUAUCUGCGGCAGACGCUGUACGAGAGUGUGGACAAGGGGUAUUCGAAGUGGGGGCUCCCGCAGGAGCAGGCGUUAGCAUUGCGGUUGGAGAAGGAACCUGGGGUAGGGAGGGUGGAGGGUGUGCGGCCGGAGUAUCGUAGGGUGAGGGUCAGCUUCUUUCCGCAGGAUGGCACCCGUAUGCGGUUCACGUGA